AUCACGAUGACUGUAAGCCAAACCGUUGCCAGAACGAUGCAACUUGUGUGGACAACCUGAACGGUUACUCUUGUACCUGUAAACCAGGAUGGAAUGGACAGAACUGUGAAACAGAUAUCAAUGAAUGUAGCUCACGUCCAUGCCAGAAUGGCGGUGUCUGUAGCGACAAGAUCAAUGGUUACGAGUGCGCAUGCGCACCAGGAUACACGGGAAAGAACUGCGACAAUGAUAAAGACGAGUGUGAUUCAAAUCCUUGUCUGAAUGGCGCAGUAUGCCAUGAUCUCGUUAAUGGAUACAGCUGCUCAUGCGCACCAGGAUACGAGGGAGUCAACUGUCAAACAGAUCACAAUGACUGUAGCCCAGAUCCUUGUAAGAAUGGAGGCACUUGUAAAGACAAAGUCAAUGGCUUUGAAUGCAGUUGCAAGACUGGCUAUUCCGGAAAAACCUGUCAGACAAACAUCGAUGAUUGCGCUCCCAAACCUUGCCAGAACGGAGGAACCUGCGUUGAUGGCGUUAAUGAUUACACUUGUCAAUGUGCACCUGGGUACACCGGUGAUAACUGUCAGACAGACAUCGAUGACUGCGCGUCAAAUCCUUGUGCAAAUGGUGGUGAAUGUAUUGAUGGCAUCAACUCUUACAGAUGCAACUGCGCCCCAGGCUACCGUGGAGCAAACUGUGAAGAGGACAUCAACGAAUGCGCAAGCAAUCCUUGCGUACACGGGUCUUGUACUGAUAAAGUCAAUGGCUACACUUGUUCCUGCAAUCCGGGUUAUACAGGACCUAGAUGUAACAACAAUCACGACGAUUGCGCAUCUGCUCCUUGUAAGAACAAAGGGGUUUGUACUGACUUGAUAAAUGGCUUCAAGUGCACAUGCGCACCAGGCUAUACUGGAGAUACCUGCCAAACAGAAAUCAAUGAAUGUGACUCCAACCCAUGUCAGAAUAAUGCGGUGUGUACAGACAGAGUCAACUCCUACACGUGUACUUGUAAACCAGGAUUCAUGGGUACCAAUUGUGAAGUGGAUAUCGAUGAAUGUGUUGGCCGACCUUGCCAGAACGGAGGAACUUGUAUCAAUGGAGUAAACAAAUUUACCUGCAAAUGUACCAAGGGAUACACAGGAACUCGGUGUGAAUUAAACGUAGAUGAAUGCGCUUCCAAGCCUUGCAAGAAUGGAGGAUUAUGCUAUGACCUGGUCAACGGUUACAGAUGUACAUGCGCAGCAGGAUACCGAGGGGAUAACUGUGAACAAGACAUUAACGAGUGUGCCUCUGUCCCUUGCCUCAAUGGCGGCACUUGCGAAGACAAAGUCAACAGUUACCGAUGUAAAUGCGUCGUAGGAUUUACUGGAGACAGAUGCCAAAUAAACGUAGAUGACUGUGCUUCGAAGCCUUGUAAGAACGGAGGUGUUUGUAUUGACGGCGUGAACAAGUACACCUGUCAUUGUCCGGCCGGUUGGAAGGGUCAACAGUGCACUGAACUCAUCGACAUGUGUUCCAAGAAUCCAUGUCAGAAUGGUGCAACAUGUCACGAUGAGGUGAACGGCUACAGAUGUGCAUGUCAACCUGGAUACGUUGGGGCCACAUGUAAUAGAAAGUGCAGCCGAUGUAAACCCCACAUCUGUCUCAACGGUGGUACAUGCGGUAUUUCCAGUAGACUUCGUGUUUGGUUCUGUCGCUGUCCUCCAGGAUACGUGGGAACCCGAUGUGAAACUGCCUCUGGCAUCUGUACUCGUAAACCAUGUUUGAAUGGAGGCAGUUGCUGCGAGGAUAAGAACGCGAUCAGUGGCUACAAAUGCCUGUGUCCUUCUGGUUAUACUGGAGGCAACUGUGAAAGUUUGAUCGAGUACCACAAAUGCAACAGAGCUUCCAUGUUGGACCAUUACAACAAAGGUAAUUGUGGUAUCAGAAGUCUCUGCUUCAACACCACACAUACAUAGAAUCUUUCAAGUCUC